AUGGACAGUCAAAAGUCCAAGAAAAAACGCAAAGCCUACUACCGAAAAUGUGCUCAUGGUUCAAAAAAGUCACGUUCAGAUGAUCCAAACAAUAGUUUGUCAUCCGUUCCAAAAAAUUUACAACCCGGGAUGACUGGGUAUAUAUUAACCUACAAUCAACAGGAACGGUUGGCACACAUUGAAACUUAUCGUUUGUUAAAUCAUACUUUGGAUGAAGUUUUGGUUGAAAGGCAUGAAAGUGAAGCGUGUAAAAACGACAGUCAUGUAAAUGCAAAUAUCUUAUUUGGUUCUAAACCUUCCGAUACGGUUACUAAUGAAAAGAAUGAAGAUGCUGAUGACUUAUACUCACAGUUGGUUCGUGAAAAUUGCUCCAAUGAUCCCUCCAAUUCAAAGGGGAAAUUCAGUUUUUAUUCUCUAAAAACGCAUAUCAGUAACUGUUCUUUUAUUCUUCAUCAGACCAAUUUACUUAGUGCGGCUGAACUUUGUAAUCGUGUGUUCGAAAGACUAUUGUCAAAUUCUAAUGCUGAGUCUCGUUAUGUUCUUCGUUUGAUGCCUGUUGUAAAGACAUGUCGGUCAGAUUUGCAAUCACUUCAAAACUGUGUGCAGCAAGCAUGGUCUAACUUCCUGAAACUACCAUCUUGUGAAAUUGAAGUACCCCCAGACCAACCUAGUGCUGAAAAGAAUGAAAGUAAUAAUGAUGAGUCCUCCAUUUUACAUGUUCCGACACAAACCGCUUGUGAAUCUACGUUGAAAGGACCAAAGACGUUUAUGAUUAUGUUCAAAUCUCGUGGUUUCAAGGCUAUUUCCCGUGAUGAUGCUAUACACCGUACAAUUGGAGCAAUUAAAUCGGUUGAUUCAUCUUGGAACAUAUGUAACUCAUCUCCUUCAGUCGUCAUUUCAAUAACUGUACUAUGUAAGGUAACCUGUAUUAGCUUGUUGGAAAAUUUCUUCAAAUAUCGUAAAUACAAUAUAGCAGAAGUUUGCUCACCAUCACUUAAUUAUGGUUGUAUAAAGAACACGAUAAAAUGA